CCUCUGCUUUUUAUAUAUACAUCGAGAAGGUGUUCUUGUCCGAAAGAGAAGACAAAUCUAAUGUCUUUAGGUUACGCAGAGAAAUUGUCCUUCAUUGAAGAUGUUGGUCAAGUCGGCAUGGCCGAGUUCUUCGACCCAUCUCAUGUUCUACAAUGCAAGAUCGAAGAACUUGCUAAGAUGAUUCAAAAGAGUAAGCAUCUAGUAGUCUUCACAGGUGCUGGUAUUUCUACUUCUUGUGGUAUUCCUGAUUUCCGAGGGCCUAAAGGAAUUUGGACGUUACAGCGCGAGGGCAAAGAUUUACCCAAAGCAUCUCUGCCAUUUCAUCGUGCAAUGCCAAGCAUGACUCAUAUGGCUUUGGUUGAAUUAGAAAGAGCUGGCAUUUUAAAAUUUGUCAUCAGUCAGAAUGUAGACGGCUUACAUCUUCGAUCUGGAAUACCAAGAGAGAAACUUUCAGAACUGCAUGGAGACUCUUUUAUGGAGAUGUGCCCAUCAUGUGGAGCAGAGUACCUGCGUGAUUUCGAGGUGGAAACUAUUGGAUUGAAGGAGACAUCAAGAAGAUGCUCCACUGAAAAGUGUGGAGCCAAACUUAAAGAUACGGUCUUAGACUGGGAGGAUGCUUUACCUCCAAAAGAGAUUGAUCCUGCAGAGAAGCACUGCAAAAUGGCUGAUCUUGUACUUUGUUUGGGUACCAGUUUGCAGAUAACCCCUGCUUGCAAUUUGCCUCUCAAGUGUCUCAGAGGUGGAGGGAAGAUCGUCAUAGUUAAUCUUCAGAAAACCCCAAAGGACAAGAAAGCAAACGUAGUGAUUCAUGGUCUUGUUGAUAAGGUGGUUGCGGGGGUCAUGGAAUCACUUAACAUGAAGAUUCCUCCAUAUGUCAGGAUUGAUCUUUUCCAGAUAAUUCUAACUCAAUCUUUAAGCGGAGAUCAGAGGUAUAUUAAUUGGACACUGCGCGUUGCAAGUGUUCAUGGAUUGGCUUCUCAGUUACCAUUCAUCAAAUCUAUCGAGGUUUCUUUCUCAGAUAACCAUAAGUACAAAGAUGCGGUUCUUGAUAAGCAGCCGUUUCUUAUGAAAAGGAGAACAACACGAAAUGAAGCUUUUGAUAUAUUCUUCAGAGUUAACUACAGUGACGGUUGUGACUGUGUCUCCACUCAACUUAGCCUCCCAUUUGAAUUCAAGGCCUCAACAGAAGAGCAUGGAGAGAUUAUUGACAAGGAGGCUGUGCUACAAAGCCUGAGAGACAAAGCGGUUGAAGAAUCUGGUUGCGGGCAAAGCGGCGUGGUUGAGAGAAGAGCGGUUUCUGAACCGAGAAGUGAGGCUGUUGUGUAUGCUACUGUCACUAGUCUCAGGACUUUCCAUUGUGAACAGUCUCUGCUUGCUGCUAAUGGAGACCUCAAAUGGAAGCUGGAAGGUUCGGGAACGUCUCGUAAACGUUCAAGAACCGGCAAACGAAAGUCAAAGACAUAGGAAAAAGAAACGAAAAAGCUUUUGGUGUAUAUAAAAGAAACACAACUAAUCUAACCAGAAUAGGGAAUAUUGAAGUUAUCGGCGGCGUUUUGAGGAGGACUGAGUGAAUUUUGUUUUUGGUCAACACUCGGUUCUCUUAAGACAAAAGUUAACCAGGAAUUAAAGGAGAUAACCUUGGUUCGGUUUGGUUCAAUAUCGGUUGAACUUUUGUAGAAGCUAUUGUAGCUUCAACUUAAUUACUCGUAAUCGGUUUGCAUUAGAAUUUAGAAAAUACUUACAGAAUGA